AUGGGCUCCACUCAGGUCGAAUUCAAGAACGCUGCCACCUCCACUCUCCUUGAGUUGGUUAAGGCUCGUCGCACCUACUACGGUCUCAAGGCUGAGAGCCCUAUCUCCGACGCCGCCAUCGAGUCCAUUGUUGAGGCCUCUGUCCUCCAUGUGCCAAGCUCCUUCAACACCCAGACCUCCCGUGUCGUUCUCCUGCUGAAGGAAGAGCACCAGAAGGUGUGGGAUAUCGCCAUCAAGGCCAUGGAGGGCCUUGUUGCCGCCGGCCAGGUUCCCAAGGAGAUGUACGAGAACCACACUAAGCCCAAGCUUGAAGCUUUCCGUGCCGGCUACGGAACUGUUCUCUUCUUCGUUGACUAUGAGUCUCUCGCCCCCAUUAAGGAGAAGUUCGCAAUCUAUGCCGACAAGUUCGACCCCUUCGCCCUCGAGUCCAACGCUAUGUCCCAGUUCCUCGUCUGGACCGCCCUCGAAUCCGAAGGCUUCGGCGCCAACCUCCAGCACUACAGCCCUCUCAUCGACGCUGACAUCCAGAAGACCUGGAACCUGCCCGCCUCCUGGAAACUCGAUGCCCAGCUGGUCUUCGGAACUCCCACCUCCGAGCCCGGCGAGAAGGUUUUCGCCCCGAUUGAGGACCGUUUCAAGGUCUUCGGCAAGUCUGCAUGA